AACAGAGGGUAGCGUGCAUCCAAUUGCAGGGGAAACCUGGACUUCCUGUGCCGCGAGGCGGAGCUUCGAGGUCUCCAUGGUGACAGCUUCCCCCUGUUAACUGGCGGGUUGUUAGUCGCAGCGAUGGAUUCCGAAAGCCUGCUGCUCUCCUUGGAGCUGGCAUCGGGCAGCGGGCAAGGUUUAAGCCCCGACCGUCGGGCCUCACUGCUCACCUCCCUGCUUCUAGUUAAGCGCGACUACCGCUACGAGCGGGUGCUGUUCUGGGGCCGGAUCCUCGGCCUGGUCGCUGACUACUACAUCGCGCAGGGUUUGGGCGAGGACCAGCUCGGGGAGCGCAAAAGCCUGUACAGUUUGAACUGCAUGGAAUGGAGCCUCCUGCCGCCGGCCACAGAAGAGAUGGCCGCCCAGACGGCCGUGGUGAAGGGCCGAUUCAUGGGGGACCCUUCGCAUGAGUAUGAGCACAUUGAGAUGCAGCGGAUGACUGAAGGAGACAGGACGUAUGAAGACGAGGUGGUGAUCCAGAUCAAGGAGGAAUCUCGCCUGGUGUCAGUCAUUGACCAAAUUGACAAGGCAGUGGCAAUCAUCCCACGUGGAGCCCUCUUCAAGACCCCCUUUGGACCUGUCCAUGUCAAUAGGACCUUUGAAGGAUUGACUCUGGCAGAUUCCAAGAAACUCAGUUCCUACUUUCAUUUUGUGGAGCCUGUGGAAUUGAAGAACAAGAGUCUGCUGGAGAAAGCUGAUUUGGACCCUUCCUUGGACUUUAUGGAUUCCCUGGAACAUGAUAUCCCUAAAGGGUCCUGGAGUAUCCAGAUGGAGAGAGGCAAUGCACUGGUUGUGCUUCGAAGCCUGCUCUGGCCAGGCCUGACAUUCUACCAUGCUCCCCGGACCAAGAAUCAUGGUUAUAUUUAUGUGGGCACUGGCUGCUGCUGGAUGACUUAAGCUACCAACGUGGGAAGCACAGGUGGAAGUGGGCCUGGUGCCAAAGCUAUGGCAAAGCAGUUUCAUGCUAAGAAAAUUAAAGCAUCUUCAACUCCAGAAGCAAUGUGAUGCAUCCCAAACAAGUCCCAUGGUCCACUAGUCCCCCCCUCCCCCCUUCCCUCUACAAUAGCAGAAAUGUACUGGUUUCCCUGCUGCUUCAGUUACCCAGACUCUGCAUUUCCUUAGACACUCCCAGGGAGUGAGAGAGGAGAGGAAGGAAGCUAAGAAGGCAGGAGUCUUGCUUUGUGAAAACCCUCAGCUGAGCCCGACACACAUGCUCCUUCACUGAAUGACCUGCCAACAGCAGCAUGAGAGCAGGGGUGGAGAUGAGGGGAAGGAGGACACACAACUGGGUUGGAGGUAAUCAGAAAAAAACACAGAAACAUCCCAGGGAUGGGUGGCGAAAAGAGAACUCAAGAGUACAAUUCUAUAGAUGUUAGAAAGGGAGUUCCGCCCAUUUUGGAAACCAGCUGCAUUUCAGCAGAGCUGGUAUAAGGGCAAGGAGUGGGUCACGUUCCAGAGCUUAACCUCCCACUCAAGUAGCCAGUCCCUACACAGCUCUGCCCUUCUAUGGUCACAUCUAGAGUCACACCAGGACCACAAAAAAUCUUGAGGACUGUCUACCAUUUCCUACGUCUGUUUCUGCCCUUUGGUAACCCCAGAGCUGGGAGAGAGCAAGGAUAUUAAAAGUUCAGAAAACUACUCUGGCAUCUCCAUGGCAACAGAGUGUGAUGUCAUAAACAGGGGAUUAACACCUCCUAAUGCCCACUAAGUAAGGAUAGGUGACAAGAUGUACUUUUCAGCUCUAACUCUUACUCUUCCCUAAGUUCCCUUAUGGAAAGACAGAGGAGGAAUCCCAAGGGUCUUUCUCUUACCCAUACUCUAGGCCAAAUGGACUGUGAUCAAUAUAAACUGCAGCUGAGUGGGGUAAGGGAAAGGAAGGAAACAGGAAUCAACAGAACUCUGUGUCCCAGGAUGUGGGGUGAUAACUAUGCUGCUAUCAGAGACAUAUGUACCCUCAGCUUCCCUUGGCUGUGGGCCUCUUUUAAGUAAAUGCUUUCUAAUCCACAGAGCCAUCAAUGGCUACACAGUGAAGGCUGAGGGGCCAUGGACUAACUAAAUGGAUGUUAGAAGGGGAGUCACGACUAUCCUGGAGGUCCUUAGCUGUAGCCAUCCAUCAUGACUAGUAGCCAGUUC